CAUGGCGGCUUCUGGCUGCAGCACACGCAGGAACAUCUCCUUACCGAGUAUGGGAUCCUAACUACUAAUUUACUGUCUUUUUUAAAUUUUUAUUAACUUUUCCAAAAGAUUUGCUCAGACUGAUUAUCGCAGAGGCAGGAUGAAGACUUUGAAGCCCUUAUUAGUCUUUCUGCUGAUUUUGGCAACCUCAGCUUACAGUACACAGAAAGCCCCUCGUAUAAUUACCUUAUUAGAAACAAUGGAUGUUCUGCUGGAUCACAAUGCAACUUUCAUCUGUGAGGUUGAGUCACAGCCUUCGGUUGAUAUCACCUGGACCAAAAAUAACCAACUAAUCAUGUACUAUGACACUCGGUAUCUUACCAGAGAGCAAGGUCAGAUGCUGAUCAUUCCUCAUGUGAAAGAGACAGACAAUGGAGAAUACUGUUGCAUUGCUAGUAAUGGCAUUGGGGAGCCUGCAAAGAGCUGUGGCGCUCUUCAACUUAAGAUGAAACCCCAAAUCAAGCGGCAUCCUACCAAUGUAACCCUUCUACUAGAAUCCAAGGCUGUGCUGCCAUGUGUUACCCUUGGCAACCCUAAACCUGAUAUCACCUGGCUCAAAAAUGAUGAGCUGAUCAAGGUCAGUGAUCAUAUUACCAUUCUUGACUAUGGGGCAUUGAAAAUUCACAACAUACAGAAGGAGGAUGCAGGACAGUACCGCUGUGUGGCCAGGAACAGCUUCGGUUUGGCUUUUUCAAAGCCUGUCAUCAUUGAAGUACAAGCUCCAGCACGAAUCCUGCGGGUUCCAAAAGAAAAGAGAGUAGAGUAUGGUAGUCAGAUAUCCUUGGACUGCAAUGCCACAGGAAAUCCAAUCCCCACCAUCACCUGGCUGGAAAACGGAAACACUAUCUCAGGUGCUUCAGUGGAGGAGACCAUGGUGGAAGACAUAAUACUGUCUGUUCUUAAAGUGACAGUGAAGAAACCAGCUUUGUAUACAUGUGUUGCCUCAAAUAAGCACAGCGCUGGAGCCAAUACUGUCAAAGCAAGUGCGCGAGUUACAGUCGCAGAGUGGAGACUCUACAAAGGUGUCACAGGCUACUGCAGUGCAUACCGGGGAGAUGUUUGCCAUUCGAUCCUGCGAGACGACGCCCUGGUUUUCUUUAACGCCUCCCUUUCGGACCCCGAAAAUAUGCAAGAGUACCUGGUUCAGAGCUGGUGGGUGGAGCUCGAAAGAGUCAGCGGUUUGUGUAGCCCUGCCGUACGCUCGCUGCUGUGCCACUCCUCCUUUCCCAACUGCAACCCAUCGGGGUUAGGGCCUGCGCCCAAACCAGUCUGCAGAGAACACUGUCUGGCAGUGAAGGAGCUGUACUGCUACAAGGAGUGGUUGGUACUGGAGGGUACUGGGACAAUCCAGGCUGGGUUCUUAAAUCCUAUCACUGGGUCUCACACUUCCAGUUCACUGCUGCCCAACUGUCAGUCCUUACCAAGUGUUCGCACAGACCCCAGUGCUUGUACACACAUUCCUUUUGUAGAAUUAAAAAAGGAUCAGAUUACAACAUCAUGUUACAAUGACCGAGGUCGUUUCUACCAAGGCAGUGUGAACGUGACGAGGUCUGGGAUCCAGUGUCAGCACUGGGAUCAACAGGUCCCCCACCAGCAUCGCCUCUCCGUAGAGGUCAUUCCAGAGUUGAUGGACUCGGAGAACCACUGCAGGAACCCUGGAGGAAUCAGUGAGAAGCCAUGGUGUUACACCUCAGAUGUGAACAUACGCUGGGAGUACUGUGCUGUGCCUCAGUGUGGGGAGGCAGCCCCGGCAUCAGUGAUGAAGCCCGCGUUGACGGUGCCAAAUCAGAACGCUCGUCACCCUCCAGCAACUACUACAUCAUCACCUGCUUACUCAAUGUCUGUCAUCGUCGUCGUCCUGACCUCAAUGGCAACUGCGGUCUUCCUCACAAUUAUCAUCAUUGGUUGCUUCAAGCGACGGAAGCAAUGGAGAAACAGAAAACGAAGGGUGACGAAGACCCCAACGCUGAGUGCUCUUCCAUCUGAGCUCCUGCUGGAUCGACUCCACCCGAACCCCAUGUACCAGAGGGUUCCCCUGCUGCUGAACUCAAAGCUACUGGCUCUGGAGUACCCCAGAAAUAAUAUUCAAUAUGUUAGAGAUAUCGGCGAGGGAGCCUUUGGACGAGUUUUCCAAGCCAGAGCUCCAGGCCUGCUGUCCACAGAAUCUUUCACAAUGGUGGCUGUGAAGAUGUUGAAGGAGGAAGCCUCGGCUGAUAUGCAGAAUGACUUCCAGAGAGAGGCAGCACUCAUGGCUGAAUUUGAUCAUCCUAACAUUGUUCGACUCCUAGGUGUGUGCGCUGUGGGGAAACCAAUGUGUCUGUUGUUUGAGUACAUGGCUCAUGGGGAUCUAAACGAAUUCCUGCGUCGCCAAUCUCCAUCCCAGUCGGUGCGCCCCCUCAGCCGUGCAAGCCUCUCAGUUCGCAGUUCCUCUUCGGAUGUGGAAACGGGAUCGCUCUCCUGUGCCGAACAGCUAUCAAUUUCCAAGCAGAUCGCUGCAGGGAUGGCCUACCUUUCAGAGCGCAAGUUUGUUCACCGCGACCUGGCAACCCGUAACUGCCUGGUCGGAGAGGAAAUGAUUGUGAAGAUUGCAGAUUUUGGCCUCUCUAGAAAUAUCUACUCAGCCGAUUACUACAAAGCCAAUGAGAAUGAUGCCAUCCCCAUUCGUUGGAUGCCCCCAGAAUCCAUUUUCUACAAUCGUUACACCACAGAAUCAGAUGUGUGGGCCUACGGUGUGGUGUUAUGGGAGAUUUUCUCCCACGGGAUGCAGCCAUAUUAUGGAAUGGGUCACGAGGAGGUAAUUUACUAUGUGAGGAAUGGACUUAUUCUUUCUUGUCCUGAAAACUGUCCUCUGGAGCUGUACAAUCUGAUGAGGCUUUGUUGGAGCACACAGUCUUCAGAUAGACCAAGCUUCAGUAGUAUACAUCGAAUAUUGGAGCGAAUGCAUCAGCACAGCCUGAACACAAAUACAGAGACUGAGGCGGACUGCUAA